AUGUCGGGGAACGGAGCGGUGUGGGGGCGCGUGCGAUGCCGCCUCCGCGCCUUCCCCGAGCGCCUGGCGGCCUGUAGGGCUGAGGCCGCCGCCUACGGCCGCUGCGUGCAGGCGUCCACGGCCCCGGGCGGCCGCCUGAGGAAGGACCUCUGCGCGCAGGAGUUCGAGGCCCUGCGGCGCUGCUUCGCCGCCGCGGCCAAGGACGCCCUGAAGGGAGGCCCCUAG